AUGUCUAUCAGAGAUGCAUUGAGCAAGAAGAUUUAUCAAGUCAAAACAACUCUUAAUAUGAGUGAAAAGACAAUAGAUGUUGAAUAUCAAAGAGUUUAUAACAAAUUUAAAUAUCAAGAAGUUGGAUUGAACAGAUUGUAUCAUCUCAUUGCUAAUAAUUUAGAUUUAAUGAUCCAAGUUCAACAUACAAGAAUAGAUAUAACUGAUGCUUUAGUACAGCUAACUGAUCCAAUUGUUGAAAUUAAUUCUGCAGCUUUGAAAUAUAAAACUACUUGUGAAAUUGAAAGUAUGGCAGUUUCAAAAUACAAACAAACAGUUCAAAAAGUUGUAAUUUCUCCAUUACUUGAAUUAAAAAAAAUGUAUAAUAUUCUUUCUGCCAGACAUGCAAUAUUAAAAGUAAGACAUAACGAUUGUGAUAGAUUUCAAGAUCAAAUGAAUAAUUCAAAAGGAGAAAAUCAUGUCCAAGCAAAACAAAAGUAUGAAAGAAGCCUUGACUUAUACAAUUAUUUAAGAAGUGAAUUAGUUGAAGAUAUGAAAAAUAUUAUUUCUACUUCUAUGUUAUUUUACAAUGAGACAAUGAUUGGAUUAAUUGGAAGUGAUAUUUAUGAAGAUGAACAAAUAACUGAAACUCGAAGUAGUUUAUUCAAUUUACAAAACAGUAUGGAAAAGACUGAAUUAACACAAAAAACUUAUACAAUAACUCCACCAGAUCAAUCCUGUGUAACUGAAGAUAUUGUAUUUAGAAAAAAACAGAAUGAUUUACACUGUGGUAAAUAUAAAUUAGAAGUAUGUUUUGUUAAGGAGUCUUCUGCUGUAAAUAUAACAGAACCUGAAGAUGUUAAUAGAUAUCCAACCCUUAAAAAAGAAUUACCUCCAACAAAACCAAAUCAAUUACAACAAACGAGUCGUACAGUUCCACUACCAAAAUCUACACCUCAACAACAACAACCAAAGAUAGACGAUAAAACGAGUGUUUCAAAAACAGGAAGUGCUUUAAAUAUAAAGAAAGAUGAACCAAACCAACGUCGUCAAACACAAAAACUACAAUCACUAACAGAACAAAAGAAAGAACAGUCAAAGCCACAAAUUUCAACCAAAAUAGAAAAACAAGAGAAUAAUUCAAUAAAGAAAGUAGAACAACAACCAAAUUCAAAGAAAAGAGCUGUUAAAAAUUUAAAAAGAAUUGAAAACAGACAAACAAGAAUGUUAUCUGAAAUUAGAAAUGGAAAAACACAACAAAAAGAUGUAAGACAUAGUGUUCUUAUUCCUAAAAACCCAGAAAAUAUGAAAAAACCUACACAACUUGAUCCAAAAGUUAGAGCAAGAAUUGAAAAAAUGAAAAAAGAACAAGAAAAAGAUGAUGAGUUUGAAGUUGUAACAGUUGACAUUGAUUCUGUUUCAAACUCAAAAACACAAGAAACACCAAAAAAGAAAUUUGAAAUUGUAGAAUGUGAUGAAGAUACAACUGAAGAAUCAUCUGAUGUUGAAAGUAUUGAACUUGAAUUAGAUGAAUUUGAAAAAGAAGAAGAAACAGUAAAAUUAUAUAAAGCAAUUUAUUCAUACGAUGCAACAGAAAGUUUAGAGUUAUCAUUUAAAAAAGGAGAUAUUAUUAAAAUUUAUUCAACUGAUGAUGAAUGGUUUGAAGGUGAAAUUAAUGGAAAAAGAGGAUUUGUUCCAUCCAACUUUUUACAACCACUUUAA